ACAUAUAACUUUAUGAUAAACAAAGGACUGCACUUGUGCAACCAAUAUUUAAGACACUAAUAAGUCGCUUCGUUUUAAACUGAAAAAUAAUGUAAAAAUGAUUGCCUUCACGAUUUUAAUGAUUGGUCUAGUGGCCGGGAAAGGCGUUUUCCCUGUAAAGUAUCCCAUGACAGACAAUCCGGUUAUCAAGGACGGCAAACGCUCAGGUGAAGUUGAAUGUAAAGAAGCCUUGCGAAAAGAUCCACCGCAUUGUGCAACGAAUUACUGGUUCUACUGCAACACUGACAGCCAGGGGGAGUGUUUGCAUAGCUGCAUGGAUUUUGCUUGUCUAAGCUUGCACCCACCAGUUUAUUUAGGGACGACUCCAUAUACAACCUCAUAUCCAGAUUCUUCAUCAUCAUCGACAUCCUUGCAAUCACCUGAAAGACCCAAUACAAACCUGACUGUACCAUUAUCUGCUCUUACAACGCCAACAGCCUGCAAUGACAGCCCCAGUGCUAACUGUUCUCUCUACAACGCCACAGUGAUAUGUGAUCUACACGGUGCUUAUUACCUCUGGGCAAGGAAGCACUGUCCUUUAUUUUGUGGAUUUUGCCACGUUGUUACGUGCAAUGAUAAUCCAAGUGCUAACUGUGCUCUUUAUAAUUCAACUGCAAUUUGUGAUGUGAAUGGUCAAUACUAUAAUUGGGCCAGAAGGAAUUGCGAGAAGACCUGUGGAUUCUGUCAAGUUGGAACACCUCAAGGAAGCACUAGAUCCACCACUGAAGUGUCUAGUUUUGCUGUACCUGAAGCUUGUAGAGAUACUUUGAAUUGUAAAGUGUACAAUUCGGAGAAGAUUUGCAACAAAACCGGAAUAUACUUUCCAUGGGCAACGACAAAUUGUCCGCUUUACUGCGGAUUCUGUCAAGCACCGACAACAACAAUAGCGUGCCAGGACAAACUUUCCAAUUGUAACGAAUAUCAAAGUAAUUUAUGCACCGAGCCUCUUUAUCGUUUAUGGAGGGAAGAAAACUGUAGAAAAUUUUGUGGAAUUUGCACAGGGACUGACUCAGUGAUAGACCCUUCUUCAGCGCUUGGAUGAUAUCUUCGGGAAGAGUUUUAUAAAAGAGCAUAAUAUUGUAUUCAAUUUUAUCAAAAACUUUUUUUUUCAAUAAAAAUGACGAAAUGCAAAAAAUCCAAUUAUUAUGGUUUGA